AUGUUUAUCUUUAUUACAUGUCUUUGCUUAGCAUUUUCAUUCCAAAGCAAUGCUGAUGUUGCCUAUCCCACUCUGGGCCCUGUGUACGGCGUACCCUAUAACGAUAGUAUAUUGAAUUUCACGAUUGUCUAUCCGUCUAAUUAUCAAUUCGAUAAUCUCUAUGCAAGAUUUAGUCUCUAUGACUUCGAAACUACCAUUCAGAAACCGUACUCUCAACCGUAUUUAUCUGAAUGGGCGAACUUUACCAACAGUAAUACCUCGUAUCCAUGGGUUGCUCCUUCUGCUCCAUUCGGACCUGGCGAUUACAUCAUCGCUUGUUUUCAGUGGGUUCAAACCGAUAAUUCUAGCAAUGCUCUUUUUGAUGUCCACCAAUGUAUCUUAACGCGAGCAUCAUUGAAUUCCACCCGGCCGGCUGUUGAUCAAAUGAACAUUACCAUUCCUGUCGUCUCAAAUACUACAAUUAUAGUCAAUGUUUACUAUCCUAGUGCUCUACCGUAUGAUGUUGUGAACAUAACUUCGAAUUUAGACGGGACAAUACCGCCAACAACAUCAACCUCAGACUCCAAUGCAACAUAUAUGGUUAUGCACAUGUAUACAUAUUCGAACUUGAUUCCAAAUACACGUUAUAACGUUUGUAUUUAUAAUCAAUAUCAAAAUACGAACAUUACGAUGUCAAACAACACAGAUAUUCAAUGCCGAUCAAUCACGACUUCAACUGCUUAUCGUUUUUAUGCAAUACUAUCGAACAUGAUGAUAAUUCUUAUUUCAAUAACUGUAGCUCGUUUUAUUUAA